CGGGCCCCCGCCAGCUUCAGAAGCACCCGCGUAGGCCGAGGACUCAGUGCUCGGGGUGGCCGUGCCCUGGGUCCGCCAGCCCCACCCCGGAGCCGUGGCCGAUUCCCAGCGCUGCCGGACCCGCGGGGUCGCUCGGACUCCGUUCCCCAGCCGGCCCUUCGCUUUCACAAGAUCCUCGGUGACUGCACCAGCUCGAGUGCCUUUAAAGGGCCACACACGCUAGCCGCCGCUAUAAAAUGUUACCAGCGGCACAGCUGCAGAAGGGAAACGGCUGAGCCGCCCCAGACGCUGCUCACUCCACCGGGCAGGCUGCUCACUGCGCCCGGCAGCCCGCCCGCAGCCCACAGGCUAAGUCGUCCCUGGCGAGGAGGAAGAGGCUUAAGGAAGGCACAGUACCAGCUCUGGCCCUGACACAACAGCUCCAGCUGGCAGCAUCACCUCCCACCAAUUUAUCCAACUUCUGCUGAGGCUCUGAAAUGCCAACGAUGUCGAGACCUGCACUUGAUGUCAAGGGUGGUACCUCACCUGUGAAGGAGGAUGCCAACCAAGAGAUGAGCUCUCUAGCCUACUCUAACCUGGGGGUGAAAGAUCGCAAAGCAGUAGCCACUCUGCACUACCCCGGGGUAGCCUCAAAUGGAACCAAGGCCAGUGGGGUUCCCACUACUUCCUCUGGAUCUCCAACUCCAAUAGGCUCUCCAACCACCACCCCUCCCACUAAAUCCCCACCCUUCAACCUGCACCCUGCCCCUCACCUGCUGGCCAGUAUGCAGCUGCAGAAACUUAAUAGCCAGUAUCAUGGGAUGGCUGCAGCCACUCCGGGCCAACCAGGGGAGGCAGGGCCCCUGCAAAACUGGGGCUUUGGGGCUCAGGCGGGAGGAACGGGGUCACUCUCUCCUCCUGCUGGUGCCCAGAGCCCUGCUAUCAUCGAUUCAGACCCAGUGGAUGAGGAGGUGCUGAUGUCACUGGUGGUGGAACUGGGACUGGACCGGGCUAAUGAGCUUCCAGAGCUGUGGCUGGGGCAGAAUGAAUUUGACUUCACUGCAGACUUUCCGUCUGGCUGCUGAUGCCAACUAUCCCUAAACAUGAAGGAAUAAAGCCACCAAUUCUGUUGUAAAUAAAAAUAAAAGUU